AUGGCUGAAGUAAAAGAAGAAAAUAAAAUUUCAUUAUCAACAAUAAUAAUAGUUGCUCUUUUAAUAAUUGUCAUAGGUGGUGUUACAAUUGCUAUUCCAAUUUUAUAUACAGCCAAAUCAAAUACAGGACCUGUUGAUAAUACAACAAAUACAAAUGCACCAACAAAUUAUACUGAAAAUGAAUGUACACAAUCAUUUUCAAAGACUCAAGUUUUAGAUUAUAUAGUCAAUGCGGAACCAUUUCCAUAUCGUCUUUUUAAUCUUAUUUUUCGUCCAAGUGUUAUUGCUAAAUCAAUGUCAUUAGUAUUUGGUUUUCGUCAUGAUACAGCAUCAUGGUCAUUAGAUAAAAUUUCAGUUAUUGAUACAACAAUGCUUACAGAAACAAUUCUUGAUGGAAGUUUUGAAUCAAAUUAUUUAACAAAAAAUUAUUAUCAAUGUAUUUUAUCAAAUACACGAAAUUCAGUAAGUGAUAUUUUAUUUGAUAUUCCAUAUGAUCAAGAUUUUUAUUAUAAUGAUCAAACAAAUGUUGGGAUGACAUAUUUAAUUCAAACAUUAUCUAUUACUGGUGGAAGAUAUUAUAAUAUUACAUUUUAUUUAGAAAAUCGUGGUUAUAAAGAAAAUGCUUUUGUCAUUCUUGUUGGUUCUUAA